AUGUCUCGCUCUACACUCAUCCAGUGCGCCCUUCAACUUCCCUCGGACCUUAAGUUCGUUAUCGCCGAUCAGCCCGAUUUGCUGAAAGCGGAUUCAAGUGUCCGGUCACAUAUUUCGAAGCGGGGUUGGAAAGCUUAUACGAAACCCGGCCGUCCAAAGCGACGUGGGGGUCGGAAUAGGGAACAGGAAGUUGUCUUUGAAUGCGUUAGCCACGACAUCAACCAAUUAUAUCCGCAGAUACCGCCCGUUGAAAAGCAGCUCGGCGGAGGUCGGGUCGAUCCCUUCAGAACCUAUCCUGGUCCGUGGAACCCGCAGGUUCCUGGACUCGUGGACCACUAUCUCGUGCACAUGGCAGUAGAUAUCCCCGAGUUAGACCAGCCAGGAAACAAGGGUCUUCUCCGCACGAGCUGGUUCCCCCUGGUCCUAUCUCAAGAAGCACCCUUCCAAACAAUUCUGUUACUUUCUGCGGCCAACAAGUCAACAAUCUCUGGUAUCUCAAUUCCAUCGAAUUAUAUUCUGCAGCUCAGACUCCAGGCGAUAUCUUCAAUCAACGCAUUGAUGGCUACACAUGAUGACACGAGCGACGCCCUUAUUGGAGCUGUUGCAAAGAUGGCGAGCUUUGAGGCGAUGCAUGGAGGUGUCGAGUCGUAUCGAAUACACAUGCAGGGACUGUACGAUAUGGUUGAGCAACGACGCGGUCUGGAUUCACUGGGUUUGGAUGGACUGUUGCGGAGGAUUAUUAUCUGGAUUGAUAUCAAUUCGUCUUUUCUUCUGCAGAUUCCUCGCUGGUUUCCAGAUGAAUAUUUUGCAGAGAGAGGAGGGUCGGUAGAACCUAACCCGGAAAGGUUUAUUGCGCCAUAG